AUGACACCCAGGUUGACCCCCGCACUCUGCCCUUCUCUCUCUGUAACACAGCUGCUGGUGGUCGACUUGUCUGAGGAUAGAAAGGAGACCUUCAUCGUGUCAAUCGGCGAUGAAAGCUCUAUUCUGCCCCCGAAGCUUGAAGCUGAAAUACUAGAGGCACUCAGCAACAGACAAAAUGCACCAUCGGUGGAGGAGCUGAACCGGGUGGUGUCAGAAGCCUUCCUGCAUUUCUUUGUGAGAACAGUCGGCCAUUAUGCCUCCUAUGUGAGAUACAGUCGCGCUGGAGAGCAGGGGGUGUUCGAAAAGAGAAGUUUCUACAAGGCCAUAGAAUCCAAGACCACUCGACACUUUGUCAAGCAGUUCAUCCAGACGCAGAUGUUUGACCUGUUUAUCCAGGAGGUGGAGCACCAGCAGCCUGGACCACAGCAAGGAAUAUUUCACAAAAAGAUCCUUGAAUACCAAGAGAAGAAGAAAGGGGACAAGACAAAGAAACACUGGCUCUGA